UCGGCUCCGCUCGGUUGGUUUCGGCCUCCUCGCUCCUGAUUGACUGACUCACCUGCACUCUGCAUCUGAUUGGCGGGCUCCGCGGCGGAGGGAUCUCUCCGCGCGUCGCCAUGGCAGCGCGAGACGCCGCCGGGCCCGGCUCUGUCUUCGCCUCGGCCCUGCCCGGGUUCGGGCGCCGGUGGGUGCCGUUCCCGAUGCCGUGGAGUCCAACGAUGCGUACUGUGAACAGCUCAGAGACUCCCUGGCUGCUGAGAUUUACAUGUCCGAGACCCGUGAGAGCACACCAUCAGCAAAGGCCUCAGCAGGCAGUGCUUGAUGAAAGUCAAGACAUCAUUGCUUCUGUUCAGUGCAUCUUGGACAGAGAAAAUUAUUUUGUGAGGGAGGUGGACAGAUAUUUGAAGCACAAUGAUUUCUUAAAUCUGAGAAAGAAAGAAAUCCUGUACAAGAAAUGGCUUAAGGAUGUUUCAGAGCCACUGCUGCAGAAAAUUCAGGACAAAAUGGACAGCCAGUCAAGCGAAGAAAUACGGAAAAGGAAAGAACAACAACACUCCCUCUAUUUAAACUACUGUAAAAAGAAGGGCUAUGUGACUUUGGAAGUUUAUGACCCGUCGGAGUACAAUCCGCUCUUCCUGACGACAAGUACAGACUGCUGGAAGGUUACAAUACCAGCCUUACAGGAUCCUCUGUUGCAACCCAGUGAAAGAAAGUUGAUUGAGACAGGCAUUAUCAAGCAGUGUGAGAUGGGAAGACCCUACUCUACCAGAGAGCUGAGUGAACUCAGCAAGGCCGAACUGCCAGUGCUUCCUUUGAGCCGUCAACGUAUGGAUGCAAUUGAGUGGCUGAAGAUACCACCUGCCUACAUUGCUAGCGAGGCCCACCGAACUAAGAGGCAGAAAGUCAUCAGCCACCACAGCAAGAGCCGAUGAUGUCCCCUGUCCUCCAGCACAGCCAUCAGAAGGUACCCUUUGCAAAAUAUCUCUUGCGCCUUCUGCCAAAGCAA